AGAUGAGGGAUUUCCUUUCAAGACCAAACAGCAUGGGAAUGACUGACACUGACUUUUAUCCAGCGUUUGGCACUUCCUACCGUACCUCAUCAAGCAGGCUUCAACAAGCAAAGGAGCAAGGAAUCGAAACGAACAGGUGGCAAACAACUAUAAUAACUGUUGUUGUACAGGUUCCUUCUUGUCAAUUCUUGUCAUUAUCCAUCGUUCAAUACCUCUCAAUCAACAAAUAACUACACCAGAUCCUUCCACAGGAGAAGAAUUUCCAGUACAUACCAAACUCUCUCAUACUAUAACAUACAUAGGCGUUCACCAUGGCCACCGCAAUCAGCAGCCUCUUUACCUUUGGAGCGAGACAUGAGCGACUUCCGACGGACGAAGCCUCCGUGUCUCGUGUGAGCCAUGACGAAGAGACCAACAACAACAACAACAACAACAACAAUAGCAGCAGCGUGGUUGUUGAGACUGUUGCCAGCGACGAGGACGAAGAAAUGGGCACUGCUGCAACCGAUGAAGAUGACUCGGGUGUCAUGGACAACCACAACAACCAAGAGGACGACGACCAGGACGACGCGGCACAACUGACUGCUACCAUUCCUCGUUUAUCAACCCGAGGUGGAACUGUCACGCUAACCGAAUUGGAAGAAGAACGUGAAUUGGCACGACGACGCACCAGUGCUUGCAUCUUGUUGGCAGUCUUUGUCCUCUUUCGAUUGUGGGUCGAAGCGCUCCAGUCGGGCGAUGUCUUUGUCAUGAUGCUCUGUCUCUUUGGGACAUCCUGGACCGCUCGCUUGAUUCGACACAACCGAGAACGCGAAGAAGCCCUCGAUGAACGCAUCCGCUCCUACCUGGAAAACGCCGAUCCCAAUACAACUGAAAUUGACAGAAACGACCUACGAUUCUUGUCCUUCCAAGCACAGCUUGCACUCGCCAUGAUGGAAUCCCAGCGACAAAUGCAAAUGGGAGGACAUGGACAUCCCGAUGGACCCAACAACAAUGCAAGUAGUGGCGUCAGUGAUGAUGCCAAGUCCAAAUGGGAACACUUUGCCUUUAAAGAAGGCAUGGAAGGUGGAAUGGCCGUUCCCCUCAAGGGAGCAGGCGAUUAUGGGAGUGUAGCGCAGGAAGAACAUGCCAAGGGAUUGGAAGAAGAUGGUCCCCACUGCUCCAUUUGCCUAGGGGAAUAUGAACACGGAGAAAAAUUGGUUCGACUUCCCUGUGCACACAUAUACCACGACGAUUGUGUUUCUUCGUGGACCACGGGUCACACUCGUUGUCCUCUCUGCAACUUUGAUCUCGAAUCCGUGGCAGGUACCGAGUCUUCGUCUUCUUCUGCUUCUCCUCCGGAAGACUCCAUGGUGUAAUUUUUGAUUUGGGUCAAAUGAUUGCAUCUCUUUUACCUAUUACACACAACUUGUUUCCCUACUUGAUUUAUUCCCAAACACACACUCAAAAAAAUCAUCCUUCCAGUUUCCCGCUUCCACAAGAGAAAAACGGAGAUUUUAAACUAUUUUAAAUGUUAAAAAUAAUACUACAACGCCACAGAAGGUCUGCAGUUGGUUUCUCUACAUGAGUUGGUCUGCCGAAGCUACCAGAAAUUUGCCGGGCAUGGAGGACGUACGGUAGCUGAAUCGAAUCCGUCCUUUACAAGGUUGAUGGAAGGUCUGUCACCAGAGCUUGAUAGUAGGGUUGCUCAUUGAUGCGUUUGGAAUGACAAAUCAUGAUACCCGCAGCAAAAGCUGGUUGGUUCCCAGUCAUACUUCAAUACAAGAGAGGGGGUGGGUGGGUGCAAGUCCAGCCAGCGAUCAGAGCAAACUCGGAAGCUGCCACUGAACCUGUCACCCAAGUGCACGGUGAAAUCAGGCACUUGUCUAGCUAGAGUAAGUAUACCAAGAAUGGUACAAAAGCACGACCAACGCUCACUUCCCUUAGUUGGCUCAAGGCACUUGUUUUACUUCCAUCUGUUAGAGUCAAUGUUGCCCUACGGUACCGGUAGUACCUGGUACCGGUACCUCAUGGCAUGCCACAGGGCAUGUCCAUAGCAAUGGGGGGGGGGAUGGCUGAGCUUCCCCGCUUCCUGACCUCUUCGAAAGUUUCAAACCGUUGCAUGAGUGACAGUGAGUGAUGAGUCGAGCGGCGGGGGACCACAAGCCGCGAGGGCUGUCGACCUACGUAUCGCGGGUGCUUAUUUGUAGAUACUCUAGCUAUCUGUGUGUUAACGGCCGGUGGAAAGCUGGGUCCGGACCUGUAGCGUGGAACUCCAUUCAUUCUUCUCCGUGGAAACUAUAAUCAUAGUUCAUACGAUUUCAGCAAUCAUAGUUCGGCUCUCACAUCAUAGCACCAGUGGAGACAUUCACGGAGCUGCAUGCAAUAGCAUUACAAACCUUCCUCUCACCAGCCAGCGAGCCCGCAGCCAACCAACCAACCAACCAACCAACCAACUA